UCAGGACUUGGGAUUUCCUUUUCGUGGACACCAGCCAUUAGCAUUGUUAGCCAUUAUUUCUCCAAGAAAAGAGCUUUGGCCAAUGCUAUUGCCAGUGCUGGAGAAUGUGCCUUUGCAUUCACGUUUGGGCCAUUUUUCCAGUGGUUAAUUAGUCAAUAUGGAUGGAAAGGUGCCCUCUUGAUCAUAGGUGGCAUCCAGCUCAAUAUUUGUGUCUGUGGAGCACUGAUGCGACCCCCGACAAGUGGUUGCCUCCUUGAGGCCAGUCCUGAGACACCGCCAGGCAACACUGCAUCUAGGAUAGACAAGGAAGUUAAGUCUCCCAUCACACACAAAACCUUCAACUGGAUGCUUGUGAGGCGACCAGAGUUUGUGUUUUAUGCCAUUUUUGGCAUAUUAGCUGCUAUGAGCUUUUUUGUUCCUCCGUUAUUUUUAGUUCCACUUAGCUACAGCCUCGGAAUAGAUGAAUCGUGGACUGCAUCCCUCUUAUCCACUUUGGCUGUGGUGGACUUUGCAGGCAGACUACUCUGUGGCUGGUAUGCCAACUUCCAUGUUACCAAAACUGUUCAUUUGCUGACAAUGACCAUUACACUCAUCAGUACUUCCCUGAUGCUGUUGCCACUGGCUAACAAUUACUUGUCCUUGGCAAUAUUCACUGGCUUCUAUGGAUUCUUCUUUGGUACUACCGUUGCCAUUCACAUUACAGUGCUAGCAGAUGUUGUAGGCAUGCCAGAUUUUGACAGUGCUCUAGGGCUUUUCAUGCUCAUUCGAAGCACUGGAGGUUUUGUAGGGCUUCCUCUUGCUG